UGUACCAUGUCAGCAUUUUUAGGUUGCUUCAAAAGAAACUGCAGCCUACUUCAACUAUGGCGGUUUUGCAAACGUUUGCUUUGUUAGCAACAUUGUUUGGAACUGUGCAAAGCAUAUGCAGUUCAACCAACUCCUUAACGGCUACAGAGCUUUCCAGUUACAGAUAUGUUUCCUACAGUAGCAGCAAUUACUGCACUUUUUAUAUCAAGCCGAGCAGUUUGUUGUCAGGCUCUUACUUUUUGCAGAUUUCAUGGCUAUCAUUCAGUGUCAAAGGAAAUAUGCCAGAUUGCAGUAAAGAAGAUUACGUACAAGUGUAUUUGACAAGGAGUUAUAAAAGUAUUGGAAAGUUCUGUUCAAGCAAUUCAGGGAAGCCGUUUACCAUGUACUCACAUGAUGGUUAUGCAAAGAUUGUUGUGAAUGCAGAUGCCUACAACAGUGGCUAUUUCAGUAUAAAUUAUGUACUGAAAUCAAAGACCUCUAACACACUUGGAUAUUCAUCAUUUGUAUCUUGCCCCAACACAUACUCCUACAAUAGUAAUGGAGUGAUCUACUCAAAAGGGUGGCCAAAGGAAUACGACUCAUCUUCCUCAUCUUGUAAACAUAGAAUUACUCGCUCCUAUGGUAAAAAUGCAAUGAAGAUUAUAUUCAUGGAUCUGAACUUUGAUUCAAACUCAUACCAAAGUGACUGCAUUGAAAUCCAAGGCUCAAACUAUUCAUCCACUUACUUUUCUCAUUACAUUGGGAAGGUUUGCUCAUCAAUCUACCCAAAGUCCUACAUCACAUAUGACAAAUAUGUUCAACUUGAAUUUGACAGAAAUAUUGGAAGUAACUAUUACAGAGGAUUUGUUGCAGGAUACAUCACAUUCACUAAAAAGGUUGACAAUAGCCACAAAGAGAGUGAAACUACUUUUUCGACAAUGGUUUGGAAGAUUUUCACUCCCUUAAUUAUUGUUGGUGUUGCUCUUGGUAUCCUCUUUAAAUAUCGUCGUCAAAUGAGACUUCGAAACAUUGCAAUGGCCAACAGGCAGGCUGUUAUUGCCAUGAAUACUGAGCAAACUGCUGCCUCUACAAUCACAACUGACGUCACUGGUGCCACAACAACUAUGACAUCAUCUUCAGACCAAUACCCAAAAUCAAGCUAUCCAGCCUCCACCUACCCAGCUGCGUUCUAUCCUACUGCAAAUAAUGCCUAUCCACCUAGUAGUUUGGCAUAUCCAACUGCUGGUGCACCGUAUCCAGCUCCUGGUGGACCAUAUCCAACUACUGAUGCAUACCCAACGGUCACCGGAUCGUACCCACCCCAAGAUGGAAGCUACCCCACAUAUGGAUAUGCACCUCCAGCAUAUGAUGCUGCAACUAGUUCAGAAGCAGGUAAUAACGGACAAACAACCCAGCCAGUAGGCCAAACUAAUCCUCAUGAAAUAGGAGUGAAUCCAGCCGGAGAGCAGACAGCAGAGGGCAAUGUGCAGGCACCAACCUCCUCCGUUGCACCAGCAUAUCCCCCCAAUACACAAGGAGUAACUUACUCUGCACAUGGGGGGCCUGAGACAUCAUUCAUACCACCAGUUGAGCACAGUGGUACCUUGCCAGACGCACCACCUCCUGCUUAUCCUAAUGUACCACCACCAGCUUAUAACUCUGUUCAAAACUGACAAAUAUGAACAGCUGGAAAUUCAUUGAAAAUCUGUACAAAUUGCCUUGUUUUUUAAUUCAUCUCAUUGCAGCAAGUAUAUAUUCUUAAAACACGUAUUCAUCAAAGACAUACAAAAUUCAUGUUUUAGCCAGAUAUGUUAAAACACUGAAAAAACAUUUUUGCUUUGUAUGAAUGACUAAAUUAAAUCAUUAAUUAAUUGAAAACUAGGGAAUUCACAAUAUGUAUGAGUUUUAAGGAUCAUGUUAGUCAAAUUGUCUCUCCUUUCUUAAAGGCAUCGAGUCAUGAUAGAAAAAGUCUAUAUACCCAUAUAGGCUAAUUCCUGAUUUUAAUGCUGCAAUGUUAUUUGUGGGCCUGCCUGACACUGAUCAUACGAAGUUGCCUCAAACUGAUAAACGAAACAGCUUCCGUCAAUAGCAAUUUAUCAACAAAAGAUAUCACAUGAAACUAGAGCAAUCCUUUGAAAGUAAAUGACCCCUAUAGAGAAUGCAUUUUUGCCAUGACUCCAUGCCUUUAAUAGGGUGUUUUUGUAAGAUAAAUGAAACUAUAGCAGCCCCAAAAUAAGAUAAGCCAGUUCCUUUUGCAUUUAAAGGCCCCGUUGAAAAACAACACACAUAGACUAGCCAUAUGCAUUGAGAUUUUGUCCUUUUCUAACAUGGCCAGACUUUGUUGUGAUACCGUACACCCGGCUUGCUAUUUCCCCAGAAUGUCAAAGAACGUCAACAGACAUGCUUCAUUACAAAGAACAUCAGUUUUUGCUGUAAAUACUCCAAACACGUAAAUUUAGAAGACUCUCUUGCCGGUUGCCCCAGGUGAUUAGAAACACAUUCCGUGUCAAUUAUCACUAUCCGUGUUUCAAGGCUCCAGUGCCAAAUACUUCACGCGAAAAAAUUACUUUGAAUGCUUUUGUUGACCUCACGACAUUGGAAGGAUGACAAGUUUGGAAGCAUGACAAAGGGAUAUGGACUUUGAUUGGCUGUUGAAGGAUUUCGCAAGCGAAAAGCGAAAAAAGUUAAACUUAUUUUAACUUUUUUUCACAGAGAAAUUCUUCGCGCGAUAUCCCAGCAAAAGUUCACUGCGCAUGCCCAUAACGUAUUUCGCGCGAAAUUUUUUCGCAUUUCGCCGAUUUUUUUCUCACUGGAGAUUGGGCUUAAGAAACCAAGGUUUCAAAACGGAUAAUUUGUUUGAAUACAGUAUUUUAUAGUUGUUUUCAUUUACUUGUUGUCAUGGUCUCCUUUAUAGAAUUUCAGCUUGGUCUGGUCCUGGGGAUCUGGUAAUAUUUACUUAAAACGUAUUUUAUCAAAACUUCCAGCUUAAAAUUGAUCUUGAAUAUAAUCUAAGUAUUUGAUCAGAUUCUGACUGUAAUUACCUUUUUAAAAUAAUGCAAAUCAAGCGAUUGUAAGGUUGAUUUUAAUUUGAUGUGUAAUGGUUUCAUUACGUCAUAUUUAUUCUUGAUGAGUUGAUUCGUUUACA